AUGAGUUCGCUGACCACGUCUUCAUCAGCGUCGGGCCAACAGUGGUGUUGGGAACAAGUUCCUAUGAGGCGAGAGCCAAUCGAGCAUUAUGAUUUACCUGGGAAUGUUGCAGGAUGGCCGGUAGCUGUUCCUCCUCACAAACAGAUCGACGUCAUGGUCAUACACGAGGCCGUCGUCUCAUCCGUGAAAGAUGCCUGGCGGUUUUUGCUUCAAAACGGGAAGGCUCUUGCUGAAGAAGGCGAGAUUAUGCCAGAGGAACUAAUCCUAGUUACCCGUGCGGGAACUCAUCAAGAUUUCUACGUGAAAGAUUUCCGAUUCAAACCAUUUGGAGUACACCAACAUGGAUUUCAUCCUCAUCAGGCAAACUCUUUCCAUCACCAACAGAUGCAGGGAUUUCAACAACCAUCCUAUGCGUUUG